UCAAGGUCGUGAUUUAACCGUGAACUUAACAAUUCAUGGUUAAUCACAAGUUAAAUGAAGAUCGUUCUCUGAAAGAAUUUGAUGACUGGCUAACUACAUCAUCCCGCCUGCACACUGCAUAUCCUGGAAGAAGUUUAUUGAAAAUUUCAAACAACUUAAAAUUUGGCCAACGUGGUCUAAUUGCUUGUUGUGAAAUAAAAGCAAAACAAUGCUGUUAUUCUGUACCAUUAAAUGAUUUGCGCUUAAUUCUUACACCGUUACGAUGUGCUUAUCUACUUAAUCAUUGUCCAUGUUUUGAACAUUCCAAAGGUUAUCAAGCUAAUUUAAACUCUCUCGAUACUCUUAUAGCUUUUAUUUAUCAUUGUAAAUUCUCAACUUCAACCAAAUGCAUUCUAAGAAAGAUUUGGGCACCUUAUCUAUCUGUUCUGCCAGAAGUUUAUUUGGAUCCAUUAUCUUGUAUCUUAUUCGAUACUAACUGUUUAUUUGAAAGAAUAUUGACAGUUAACUCUUCGCACUAUUUCCAUUCAAAUGAUGUAAACAUUAAAUUACAACGUUUGAUAACACGACUGUUAAGAUCAUGGUAUUGCAUAAAACCAAUUUUUACUAAUAACAAUGAUUGUACAAAAGGUUUGCAUUAUAAAGGUUAUAGCAUUCCGCCAAAAGAAUUUCUAUGGGCUUGGUGUACUGUGAAUUCACGUUGUGUUUCAUGUCCUUUUAAAGAAUCUUUGUCAGAGGUUCAACAUCUUUAUAAUCUACUAAUCAGUUUUGAUUUAAGAGAUUUGAGCUUUUGUAACAACUUUGAAGUUAUUUCGCUGUUUAUAGAUGAGGAGAAUAGCCACACAAUCGCUUUGAUACCAUUUUUUGAUUUUUUAAAUCAUGAUCAAAAUGUACCAACCGCUUUAUCAUUGUCUAAAACAGAACUAUCAUUGGAAUUAUAUUUGGAACGUUCAGUAUCUGCAGGUGAACAGGUUUUAAUAAAUUAUGGAGCACAUGAUAAUUUAACUCUAUUCACAGAAUAUGGUUUCAUUCUUCCAUUCGAUGAGAAAAGUACCAAUGAAGUGAUUUACUUAAGUUACUGUUUCAUCAUGGAUUUAUUUAAUGAUUUAGUCGAUUCAUUCAUAACAUUGACUAGUAGUAGUAGUAAUUCUGUUACUGUAUCUAAUCCAUUCGCAUCGUCUACUGAUAAUCAAACUAUCGAGAAUAAAUUCAAGAUAUUACCACAAGUCUACUAUUCAUUACGUCUUUAUUUUCGUCGAAUUCUUGAAAAGUUAGAUCUAUCCUUACCAUAUGAUUCCACUGAUAAUGAUGACGGCGAUGGCAAUGAUGAUGAUGAUGUUACAUGGAGUUCAGUUUAUUUAUCACUUGAUAGUAAUAAUAACUUUGGUCCAUCCUAUCACCUAGGUUUAAUAUUAUUUUUAAUGUAUACAUUUAUGAGUAAUAUACAUAACAAUGAUAACCAGCAACAGUGUUAUCAAUCUCUUGAUAAUUUGUAUAAUAUUUCAGAAGACACUAUUUACUCAACUAUUCAAAAAUUAUUAAAUCGAAUUUAUACGAUCCUUUUAGAACAGCUAAAAUAUGAUCGAGAAAAAAUUGUUCAUUUAAUGAAUAAUCCCGCCUGUCAGCACUAUUCGUCAACAUUGGUGUCAUCUGCUUCAGUGACAUCUAUUUGUUUGGUUUCCCAGUGGUGAUUGCUGUUACACACUACUAAAUAUCUGUCAAAACAAGUAGCAUACACUACAUCUACAUCAUCUGUUACUGUUAUGACUAGUGUGUUUUUGAAAUAUGUACAACCUUUUGUUGUACAAGUUACGAAAGAGCUCAAUAUGCAGUGAAAAGAAUAUACAUUAUUUAUGUGUUGAUUUCCUGAAUGACUAACUUCUAACUGGCAACCACUCAAUAUUUAUCGUCAGUAUCGGCCAAGAUGUAAGAAACGGAAAUUCGCUGAAAUACGUUUUACUGAGAAUUCCAUAUUGUACCAAGAAUAGAAUAUUGAAUCAAGCUAAUAAUAAAUAAAUAUUUGUUAUAUUUAACUAUAUUUUUUCUUUAGACAACAUUUCACAUAGAGAAAUGUCUUUCUUUUUUUCAAAACAAGAAUUUUAAUCAUUUGAAAACACAAUUGAAUUAUAUGUAAAUAUAUUAAGGAACUAUUGAGUUACAUUUUAAUUUAACAAUGAAUAAUUUGAUGUUGCUUUAAAGUUUGAAAUUAAUGGUUCUCUAUAGGCUGAUUUAUGAUACACAGAAUAUGGCAAUUGUAUAAUAUCAAAAUGUUUUCUAUUAUUAUAUAGAUAGUUAUAUUCAUUUCUAUAAUCAAAAUAAAACAAA